AUGAUCAUAUAUAUAAUGUAAUGCGUACACACAACACACGUUUAUUUUUCUUAUCUCGUUAUCUUUGUGCGAUAAUUCAUUAUCUCUCUCCUGUGUGAUUCAAAAAAUAAACAAAUCUUGCAAAACACAAAGUCCGCGAUUCUGUUUCGCACAGUGGCGAUUGGCCAACCUGGGUAGUGAGCGCAGUAAUGGUACCGUCAUGGCGACGUUGCCGCCGCGGAAAAAUCCGACUCCCACGAAAAUUUUGAAACAACAUUUGACACCUUUGCAAACGCUUCUGCAGCUCGGCUUCCCGAAACAUCGCGCGGAAAAGGCAUUAGCCGCAACUGGACAUCGUGGUGUACAGUUGGCAUCAGACUGGCUACUGGCUCAUGUGAGAGAUCCGACUCUGGAUUCUCACACACAGCGACAGUAUGUUCUAUAUGUUUGUCCCACCGGACCUCUGGCUGAACAGCUGGAAUUGUUCUGGACAGAAAGUAAAAAUCUAGGAUGGAACGGCGCUCACAACUUUACACCGCACAUUACCCUUGUCUCUUUUUUCAAUGCUCCCGAUGAGUUUACCGAGGAAUUAGCAAAUGCUGUUGAGAGCGUGGUUCAGCAAGACGGAUUGCAUGAACAAAUUGAGCUAGAAACAUACGUGUCGCCUAAUUUUAUGGGCCUCUUUGUCAAGGAUAUAAAUGCAGAUUGGCUGAAGAACAUUGCUGUGCGUUACGUCAAUAAAAUCGCCGCUCUAGGUAUCACUGCCGAACCGCAGGUGAAGUCUCUGCAUCUCACACUGGCUUAUCAGUUCCCUGGCAACUCGUUUCAAUCCCUUCGCUCGAUGGUCGAGAAGUUGGGACCAAACACGCCUGCCAACUGGGAGCUGCGAUUAUAUUCCAGGGACUCGAGACUGCAGAACUUGCACGUGCACAAAGUGACACACGUCCAUGUACCUCGAGAACACGACGAAUUAGAAUUAAGAGUAGGAGAUUACAUCUACUUACCGGAGGGAGCGUGUAGCGCCUCAACAGACGGUUGGGUGGAGGGCAUUUCCUGGCUGACCGGCAUAUCCGGUCACUUGCCAUUAAAUCAUACCAAAAGAACCGCCGAGUCGGACUCAUGGACGUUGCACGUCACCGUUCCGAUUACCGACAAUAAAUGGGAUAGCACGGAAGAGGAGGAAAUCCCAAAAGUCAGGAGACCGCCACCGGUCUUGUCUCCGAGCGAUUCUGUCGACGUACCCGACGGCGUUGUUACCACCGAGGAGCCGAUGACAGCAUCGGAAGCGCCCGCAACACCGUGUCGAGAGAUUUUCAUAUGUCGACACGGCGAAAGAGUAGACUUCACCUUCGGCUCGUGGAUCCCGUAUUCCUUCGAGUUAAAUGGCUCUUACAUACGUCGUGACUUGAACAUGCCCAAAGAAAUACCGUCGAGAAGUAUCCAGGAUUUUCAGAAUGAUACUCCGCUGACCACCGUGGGCGAGAUGCAGGCGAAUCUGGUAGGUGAGGCCAUGAAUUCGUCCGGUAUCAGGAUAGACGUUGCCUUCACGUCGCCCUCGUUGCGUUGCGUGCAGACGCUGGCUCACAUUUUGAAAGGACUCAAGUCCGACAUUCCGAUAAAGGUAGAGCCGGGUCUGAUAGAGUGGUUGGCGUGGUAUCCGAACGGUAUACCCGCCUGGAUGAGUCCCGACGAGUUGAUAAAAGCGGGAUUCAACGUGGACGUUGAUUACAAUCCGAUCGUGAAGGCUAAAGAACUCCCGCUGAAAGAGAACGCCGCGCAGUAUUACGAGCGCAGUCACGAGUUAAUAAAGAAAAUCAUUGAGAGUACAGUUGGAAAUAUAUUAAUAGUGGCGCACGCGGCUUCUUUGGCGGCGUGCACCAAGCAGCUGACCGGCGGCAGGAUUCCCCCGGCUGCUGAAGUCACUAGAUUAGUUCAAAGGGUACCUUAUCUGGCGUGCUUGACCGUGCGUCAGGGCAUCGACGGCUGGCAGUUGCAUCCUCCCCCUUUCCCACCGAUCACUCACACCAGCAACUGCAGAUUCGACUGGAAGGUUUUGAUGUAGUGAACACGUUGCGCGCGUGUAAUUUUGCUGAGGAAGGUAGAUGUUUCCCUCUACAAAGCCUAUGUAAAAGACUGUUACAUAAUCGUAAAUUUUUAUGUGCGACUUUAUUCAAUGUCUAUUACGACAUUGAACCAACAAAAUUCAACGAAAAAUCAAUCUUCUCAAGUGAUAAUAUCUUUAAGACUUCUGGAUAAUCGCGCGAUUUCUCGCUUCCGACGUCGUGAUUCAAUAUACAUACGGCUAUAAACGUAUCCAGGAAUCUUAACAUAAACAAAAAUAUAUAUACGAUAAAUGUUGAUCAAUCGCUCGAUUGUUAAAUAAUAUUCUCUCAGAGAACACAACCGAUACGGGUAAUGAAAUUAAUUAUUUUAUUUCUUAAUUCUUAUAAAUAUAUAAAUGUGCAUAUAUGCACGCACACACAGAGAGAUACACACAAACAUACUAGCCAAAAUUACGUUAUUGUUGGUAUUUUCUGCUAUAUCGAUUUUGUGUGUGCGUACAUAUAUACAAAUGUAUGUGCAUUGACCUAUAUUGUAUCGAUCCGCGAGAGAGAAAGAAAAUUUUCUUCUUAGUUUUGCGCCGUUCUUCUUUUCAAGCUGAAGCGAAAAAUUGGCGCGUAGAAAAAUUUUCUUCCUGUCACGGAACGAUUAGUUUGCGUAGUGCGUUAAAAAUGUGUAUAUGUACGUGUUAUAUUUUAAUGUAUUGAACGAGAGAACACAACAAACGUACUAGUCUUGAUUGGACACAUUUUCUUGCCGAGCUUAAAUACAUACAAAUAUGUACGUAUAUAUUAUGUAAUAGAUAUAUGUAUUAUUUAUGUAAUACAUAUAUACAAUGUA